AUGCAACGUCCAGUGACAUCAUCCGCCACACUCCUCCGAUGGGUAAAGCCCUCGGCAGGACGUCUGCGUACUUUCUCCUCAUAUGGAAACGCUUACCUAGCCUCCAAGCGGGAUAUGCAAACCGCAACUGCCUACCGUCCUCACUCGCUCCCCUCCUCAUUCCCGCCUCCUCGAAGCACCGGCGGCGCCGACACUUCCAUUUCAGCUGAAUUCCCUUCCGACAUGAAAUCAUACCGCAACACAUCACAAGGCACAUUGUCCAAUGUGAGCCUACGGGAAGGCGAGGCGCAAAAAUCCAAGCCGACUUCCGCUUCUCCGCCCGCCUCCAAGACUUCCCCGAAACCCCGUCGGCCGCUCCGGCCAAGAAAGGCCGCCAUGAAAUUGUCCACAUUGGCCAUCGAGCAGCUUCGCAAGUUGAUGGCACAGCCGGAGCCCAAGUAUAUUCGAGUCGGUGUCAAGAACCGUGGCUGCUCGGGUCUCGCCUAUCACCUGGAGUACGUGGAGAAGCCGGGAAAGUUCGAUGAGGUAGUCGAGCAGGACGGCGUCAAGGUCCUCAUCGACAGCAAGGCUUUGUUCAGUAUUAUCGGCAGCGAAAUGGACUGGCAAGAGGACAAGCUGAGCAGACGAUUCAUUUUCCGCAACCCCAACAUCAAGGAAGAAUGUGGCUGCGGCGAGUCUUUCAUGGUUUAA